AUGAAGCCCGUUCAAAUUGCCCAGGUCAAGGGAAACUCUCGCGAAAACCGCACUGCUGCACACUCUCACAUCAAAGGCCUGGGUCUGCGCUCAGAUGGCCGCGCAGACACAAAUGCUCAGGGUUUCAUUGGCCAGGUUGCUGCCAGAGAGGCUGCAGGUGUUGUCGUCGAUUUGAUCAGAGCAAAGAAGAUGGCUGGUCGCGCUGUCCUCCUCGCCGGAGGUCCUGGAACUGGAAAGACUGCCCUCGCCUUGGCUGUAUCGCAAGAGCUGGGAACAAAGGUGCCCUUCUGCCCCAUCGUCGCCUCCGAGGUUUACAGCACAGAAGUCAAGAAGACCGAAGCCCUGAUGGAGAACUUCCGUCGCGCCAUUGGCCUGCGUGUACACGAGACAAAGGAGGUUUACGAGGGUGAGGUCACAGAGUUGACUCCUGAGGAGGCCGAGAACCCUCUCGGUGGCUACGGUCGCACCAUUUCACACCUUCUCAUCACCCUGCGCUCUGCCCGUGGUACCAAGAAGCUACGUCUGGAUCCUAGCAUCUACGAGGCCAUUCAAAAGGAGCGUGUCCGCGUUGGAGAUGUCAUCUACAUCGAGGCCAACACUGGUGCUGUCAAGCGUGUUGGUCGCAGUGAUGCUUUCGCUACCGAGUUCGACCUGGAAGCCGAGGAGUACGUCCCUGUACCCAAGGGAGAGGUUCACAAGAAGAAGCAAGUCGUUCAAGAUGUCACUCUUCACGAUCUGGAUAUUGCCAACGCCCGUCCCCAAGGUGGUCAGGACGUCAUGAGCAUGAUGGGUCAGUUGAUGAAGCCACGCAAGACUGAAAUCACCGACAAGCUACGCGCCGAGAUCAACAAGGUCGUCAACAAAUACAUCGAUCAAGGUGUCGCAGAACUUGUACCUGGUGUCUUGUUCAUCGAUGAGGUACACAUGCUCGACCUGGAAUGUUUCACCUACCUUAACCGCGCUCUCGAAUCUUCAAUCUCUCCCAUCGUCAUUCUCGCGUCCAACCGUGGCUCCACAACCAUUCGCGGAACUGACAACCUCGUUUCUGCUCACGGUAUUCCACCGGAUCUUCUCAACCGCCUUCUCAUCAUUCCCACCCAUCCCUACUCGGCAAACGAGAUCCGCAGCAUUGUCUCAACACGCGCACGUCUCGUUCAAACUACUCAACUCGCUGACGACGCUCUGGACCUAUUGACCAAGCACGGUGAGCGCGUGAGUCUGCGCUACGCCAUUCAACUUCUGGCACCCUCUGCUAUCCUUGCACGAUGCAGAGGCUCGGAUAACAACAUGGUCACAGCCCAAGAUGUCAACGAGGCUGUGGAUCUGUUCUGGGAUGCUGGUCGUAGUGCCGGUGUUCUGAGGGAGCAAGGCACUAGCACUGGCUUCAUCUCAUAG